AGGUUUGAAAAGUACCGCGACCAUCGAUAACACGAAAAUAUCGCGCUCACACAACUCACGCUCGCUCGCCUCGCUCACUGCCAUGAAUAUCUAUCUAAACGGACAAAAUAAAAGAGAUGGAAAAGCGAGCCGAACGGCCGCACGUUGUCGGCUUCAUUCGGUUUCACAACGUCUCCGGCUGUAUCACAUCUGAAUCGCAGCACAGUACGGUGAGCUCCGUUGUGUGUUUGUGUGCGCGCAUGGAGAAAAUUUUAUAAAUAUAAGAAGCGAGGAAAAGCCGAAAGUCUGAUCCAUUUGCUGUUCAGCUAUUGUGUGAAAUGCUUGUGUUUAUCCAAUUUGGAGCGUAGACCAGAGAUACGUGAAACGAAAUCUUGCUGUAACGAGUUUUUAUAUUGUGAGCGAAAGAAGUGUAUGUGAUUUUGUUGAACGAUCAACAACGAUUGAAUCAUCCAAGGAAAUUAGUAUCAAACACAUCGUUACGGAGUUCAGACGGCUUUACUUUGCCAACAAGCUAAAACAUUUUUCUUCGGAGAAAUAAAUAAAUCAAAUUUGAUAACAAACUUCCGGGAAAUUGAUUGAAUUUGAAGAGCCUGAAAAUACAAUAGCCCAAAGUGAAUCGAGAUCAACGCAAUUCUUCCGUAAAAAAUAUAAAUUGCUUUUUUUCUCGCAAAAUUCGCAAAACAAAACCGUUAGAUAGAUGAUAAAAUCAGAGCUACAGUUUAAAAAUAGACUAGCAGAGACACUUUUGUUCUAUCGUUUGUGGCAAAUUUUCCAUUUCUUGCGAUGAUUGAAGUGGACAGUGUAACGCAUACAAUUUAAAGCAGUCAACGAUUCAAAAAAUUUCAAUAUUUUCGGGCAAAUAAAUCAAAUCAAAAGUCUUUAAAAUGUAAACUAAUCGCUUUGAACAUUUAAAAAAAAAAUUAAAACAAAACGUAACAACAACAACAGUUUGAGGAAAAAAACAGAAACAAAAAGGAAACUGACAGAGCUUGGUAAAUGUGAAACGCAAUUUUUGAAUAAUUCACACGAGUCACAACGAACGAAUGAGAAUAAACGGGUCUUUAACCGCAGGUGGAAAUCGAGGUAAAGAUUGACGACAAACCAAAAAUUAACAACAGAAUUUAACGCAAAAACACUGAAUAAACACAUCAUAAUUUUUGUUUACAAAAUCGAUCACGAAUAGUCGAUCAGGCCCAUUGUUAUUGUUGCGCGUGGUUGAAAUUCAAGAUUAAGAAAGAAAAAAAUAACACAGUGUGUUGUGUAUAAAUUGAAAUUUGAAAAGAGACGUAAACAAAAAUUCAGUUGAUAUCCCUGAUUGAGCUAUUUUUAGCAUCACAAUUAUUAUAUUCUGUUGAACAAAACAAUUUAAGCUCAGCAAAAGACAGAUAGUUGAUUAACUGUAAAGCAGCACGAAAACAACAAACAUCUUUUUUUUUAAAGCAGUGAAAACUAAAUAUCUUAAAGAAAAGAGAGAAAUUUUUUCAGUUGAAAAACGAAUUAUCUCCAUUCAUCACUCAGCUCGUCAACUGAACUUUGAGCCAACAAACGCACACGUGUUCAACAGACGACACAUUGAUUGAAAAUAAAUUUGAGUGAGACUGCACAGUUGAUUGCACAGUUGUUGUUAUUUUUUUUUGCCGUACGCAUCGCGCCCAUAAUCAGUUUACAGAAGACAACGCCAAGGGAUAUUGACAGAGGAAAAUUGAAGCAUUUUCCGAACAAGAAGACAGAUUCGAGCGAAUGAAACGAACCAAUUGAAACGAUCAACUUAAUUAAAUUCAGUCGAUAGAGACAGAGAGAGAAAUCGUUCAACCUGAAUUCCAUGUACUACAUCUUGAGACGAAUACCCUUUUUAGAAAGUAAACGUCAAUUCAGAAAUAUGAAGCUCUCGGAAAGUAAAUCGGAUACACCAAAUCUCACCGUUCAUCGAAACAGUGUGAAACCGGGCGCAAAUGAAGGCAGCGUUCUGCAUCGCAUACCCGAUUUGGAUUUGCCAAUCAUGGAAAUUGAAAGUGAAUAUAAUGUGGAGCGUAUGAUAGCCGAAGGUUGUUUUGCACGCAUUUUAUUGGUCAAUCAUCGGCCGACCAAUACACAGGUCGUGCUAAAAGCCGUUCACGUCGAACUCACCUCACUUAAGGAAUUCAUCAAGGAAUAUCAUUACAGCUAUCAAUUGAGCCAUCAUCCAAAUAUCUUAAGCGCCUAUCAGGUGGCAUUUCAAGCGAGCGAUUAUUAUGUGUUUGCACAAGAAUUUUCACCAUAUGGCGAUUUGGCCAGUAAUUUAGGACCAGGCGGGUUGAACGAAUCAGCGGUCAAAAUCAUUGCCACGCAACUGAGCUCGGCGCUCGGUUUUAUGCAUUCGAAAAAUUUGGUGCAUCGCGACUUGAAAUUAGAAAACGUUUUAGUUUUCACACUUGAUUUUUCACGCAUCAAACUAUGCGAUUUUGGUGCAACCACAAGAUCCGGCAUUUUGGUCACACGCAUCAAACACACAUGGAAAAAUUUCCUGCCACCCGAAGUGGUGGAAGCGGUAAAAAAUGAGAAAUUCAUCUGCCGCACAUCGUACGAUUCAUGGCAAUUUGGCAUUUUGAUCUAUUCAUUGUUAACAGGCAAUCCACCGUGGCGAAAAGCCGAUUGGGUGAAUGACACACAGUAUGCCGCAUUUAAAAAGUACCAAGAGCGAAAGACUACGAAAAUACCCGAUAAUUUUAAGAAAUUUUCACCGCGUUUAUUGCGCGCAUUCCGUCGCAUCUUCGAGCACGAUCCCGAUGGUCGGGCGAAAGUGACCGAGGUCAUGAAAUACAUCAAAGACAAAUGGGUGGAUUCGAAAUUGGCCAGCUCCAAGUCGACCGGCAACAUUUUGGGCCAACAAGCGACCGACCAAGAUUCAAUUGUUGCAUACAAUAAGUAUCAAUACCAACGGGAGAAUCGUCAAUCGCUUGACGAAAGCAAAAUAAGACUAAGACGAUUGAUGUCGACCUAUGGACUAGAAACACCAGUCGAUCAAACGGCGGCCAAGAAACGUGUCUGGGAAUGGGUUCUAUCGUGCGAAGAAGGAUACGGUGAUGGACCCGAAAAUAUGUAAACAUUUCAUUUUGACAAAAAAAAAGAAGAAGCCGUUCUUACGAUUGAACAAAAACCGUUUCAUCCACUCUACAACCAAAUACAUUUAGCUCAACCAUUUGAAAAACCACCACCGUUCGAUUUGGAAGCAUCGAAGCGCGAGCGAAAAUCUAUAAGAGAGUUAAACGACAACGAAUAAUUUGUGCACAGUAUUUAAUAUUGUGUACUUUAUAUGUGCUUCUAGUUCAAGUGAAAGAGGAAGAGAGAGAGAGAGAGAGAGAGAAAAGAGCGAACAAAGCAAUAAAUCUAUUGAAAAAGAGUCUACCAAAGUUUAUACAUUUCUUUGAUACAUGAGUAUGGCUUCACGAUUAUAGCCAAAGAGAAAAGAUACAGUGAGCGGAAAAGAGAUAUCACUUAGAAACAGAAUACAAAAAAAUGCUAUGAAAUCGCGGAAAGCUUCAUCUUUUCCACCCAUUAAAAUGGAAUGAAACAAUCAAAAGCGAGAAACACGCGUGAAUAUGACCAAAAAAAAAAAAAAUGAAAAUGAGAUAACUGUUACCAAAUUAGCAACAUUUUGCCAUAUUUUUGUACUUUUAAUACUGACCUAAUGGAUGGCUGCUCCUCUCAUAAACCUGUCAAAUAUAACGUCAUCAACCACCGAUUUGCUUAAUGAGCUUAAAGUAAAUGUUGAACAUUUCUUCCAACCAAACCAGAUGAGAUGAGAGGAAUAUGGAAAAUUCAUUCUAUUUCUGACCAUAAAUUCUGUUUAUUCAUUCAACUGUAUGCAUUUAACCAAAGAAGAAAAAAUGAUUUGUGCCAAGUCAAUGCUUUUGAACAUCAAAAGAAACAUUACCGUACAAUUAUUACAUAUUUGGCACACAAACAACUAGAAGCUAGAACACCCUUUAGGAUACCAAAAACGUUUUGAAGAGAAAAAAAAAUCAAUUUACAUUUCAUAAGGAAAAUAUCUGAGAUAAAUGGUCCAAAACACUGCAACUCUGUAGUUUUACCCAACAAAACAAGAUACAUACAACAACAAAGAGAAGAGGAUUCAUGUGUUUCACAAACACAUUGAAUAGCAUACUAAUUAUUAUAUCAUGUAAUGGAUAUUUAUGGAAUAUCAUGUUCAAUAAACCCAAAAAUACGCAUAUCCUUUAUUAUAUUUAGAUGAAGUUGAUUUGGUUCAAACAAUUGAGAUGACUGCUUGUGUACUAAACCAGUCAGGCGCAAAAAUGCUAUUCGUGAGAUGGAAAGGAGAGUAUCUGGAUGUUAUUCUAUUGAUUCCGCCGACCACAAUAUUGCAAAUGGCAUUGGCCGCUCAUCUACAAUCUCCGAUUCGUUUGUUUCUUAAGUCUAUUUCACGCCAAGAGCCAGCGUCACAAAUUGUGACUCACACGAUCCUGCUCUCUUUUCGAUCUCAUUGAUAGACAAUAAUACUGGAAAAGAAGAACAAGAAAACCACACAUAAAAACAAUUCAAGAUUGAGAUUUAAUCUUAAGAAGAGGAGUUGAAACCAAAAAAUACAAUGAACGAUUUUUUAAUUAUUUUAUAGAUUUAUUUUGUGAUUAUAAAUGUAAAUAGAGACAAAUAUAAGAACGAGAAAACAUACACACACACACACCAGUCAGCCCAAAAGGAGAUGAGCGCUCGCGUGCAUAUUUAUUGUUGAAUUUCGGUUUUUUUUUUUCAUUUAAUGUAUUAAGUGUUUUGCCUGAAUUUGCCUAUUCAACGCGGUGUGCGGUUUGACUUUUUAAAUUUAUUAUUUUUUUUGUAACUUUUUUUCGUAAUUUUUUCAUGACGAAAUGAAAAAGGGGAAAAACAAAUGGAAUUAUCUAAUGUGUCACUUAUAAUAUUAUAUAUUAUAUGCUAGCAAAUAAACAACAUCCAAUUACCAACUCAUUUAACACGUAUGCUAAGAGACCAUAUAAUCUCAAUGCAUGUGGGAAAAUUAUAUGUGUAUAAAAUCAAUAUUUUUUGAAUAAAUAAAAUUUAGAAGAAAAAGAAAAUAAAUCAAUAACAUUUUAUGUGUA